AUGGCGGCGCCGCGCUUGCGCUCGGCCGAGCAGCAGGGCCGCGAUUACCUCGAGCGGCACCGGCUCCCCGAGUUGCUCGAGCACCUCAGCGCGCUGCUGCUCUACCACCGCCCCGAGCGACCGCGCGACUUCCUGAUCGAGGCACUGGAGAAGGUGGCGGCUGGGAAGCGCGGGGAGGGCCAGUACCCCUGCCUCCUGGAUGACUCCAACCUCACGGCCAUGUUCCAGAUGCUGGACGUCCCGGGCCAUGGCUACAUCACGGCCGUGCAGUAUCGAGAAGCUCUUAAAACCCUGGGACUGAGCACAGAAGGGCUGCCCUCUGAGGAUGCGAUUAUCACGCUGGACACAUUCAAGCAAGAAGUGAAUAAAAAGAUGCAGGAGAUGUGGGCUGUAUAUUAG